UUAAACAAAUUGUGAUUUUACUGCAGCCGCCAUGGAAGACAAGGCAAAUGGCUCAGUUGACACCAAAAGCCCAGUGGAGAACGGUCAGCUCCCGGACCCCUCCAACUGGGGAGUGGCAGAUGUUGUCAAUUACUUCAAAGCAACAGGGUUUGAGGAGCAAGCCACAGCUUUCCAGGAUCAGGAAAUUGAUGGCAAAUCCCUGCUCCUGAUGACGCGUAAUGAUGUCCUGACGGGGCUGUCGAUAAAGCUCGGCCCCGCGCUGAAGAUCUACGAGUACCAUGUGAAGCCACUGCAAACCCAGCACCUGAAAAGCAACGCCUCGUAG